AUGGAUCCUAAACGCAUCGAGCCAGCCAAGCAAAUCUCUCAACGGCGACCACUUCUAUGUCCCUACUUUAUUCCCUAUCCACUCAACAGCCGAGCUUGCAUUACGUUUCACCAUCUCAAGGAUGAGACCGUCCGGCUUCUUGACUUGAAGUAUAAGGUAACUGAGAUCUGUAAGGAGAAACAUCUCAUGGAAGAGCUGGAACCUACUGAGGCGGGAAAGCCCUUGGCAGAGUUCAUCAAGGAGAUGUCCGAUCCAAACAGGAAAACACGCUACCUAGGAUGGAAGACGAAAGCAGAUGUACCACCAUUCCUCCAGGCCAAGGAAAAGUCAUUAGUGACCGCUCCCGAACUCCAUUUUUUACUGCGCUGCGGACCAACCGUCCGGGGAGCUUUUACUGAGGUCUUUCGACAGGAUGGAUACCUUAGAAGCAAGUUCCAUUCACAACUUUACUUGGCCCGGGAUGGGAAGUUCUUACUACCAGCCCUGGCUCUGCACUCAAUCAAUCCAACGAUAUAUCUUGGGAAUCGGUCAGAAAAAGGACAAAGAGAGAACCCAUCCUCCAAACCAGAGUCAAAACCGGAGAAUCCGGUCCUCAGAAUCAGUGAUUGA